CUCUACAUAGCCCACUAACCCACCUAGCCCCUGCCUUCGUCCAUGGUCGUUGGACCGCGAUCGGACGGACGAGGUUCAUCCCACCAUAGACCAUUCCCUAUAUAAACCCACCUUAUGGGGAGAGCUCUCUCACUCCACUAGGGUUUCGCCCUAGCCAAAAUUGCAGCCACCCUCCUCAAAAACCCCACCUGCUAGCUCCUCUCUCUCUCACCCGAAAUCCUACCCUAGGGCCAAAUCUGGACCAUUGGAUUCCCAUCCAAUGGCCACAAAUCGCCCAAAAUCCCCACUUACCGGACAUGUCUGCGGUUAAACCGGACACGUCCGGGGACCACAGAGCUGCAGCCUCGUGUCUAGCCCCGCAGCCCCGAGCCCCCUCGCGCCGGCCGUUAGCCAUGUCGCCGGAGAACCGCCGACAACAACCGGAGCACCACUGCGGUGCAAGAGCAGCUAGCCAUGGCAGCCCCGAUCUACUCCGCCCCUGCCCGGAUUCGUCGGCCGCCACGUGGAUUGGAGCCGCCGCCGGCCGGAUCCGGCUAUCCCGCGGCCGAUCCGCCUCCUCCCGUCGCCUUUCCUCGUGCAGCAGCCCUCGUCGGCGCCCCGGUCGCUCCCGUCAUGGACUCCUGCCCCGGGAGGAGCACGGGAGAACGACGCUCAGCCGACGCCACCAUGGGUCGCCACCUCCCGCGUGGGCGUGCAGGCAGCCCAUCUCCCCCAAGCCUGCCCAGCAUCACGCCCCACACCAGGUGGGCCGGCCCAUCCCCGCGCGCUGGCACCCGAGGCCCAGCUCGACCGCUUCCCCAAACCGACCAACCUCCCCCCGCAUGGGCCGAGCCCAUGAAAAUAUUCGCAGAUUUCAAGCGUUAAGGGUGCACAUGAGAGGAGUCACGACAAGUAUUGGCCAGCAGCAGUUGAUCAUGAGCUUCUGCAUGGUCUGGUCUUGCAGGAAUAUACGUCUAUAUCUUCAGAUGAGGCUGUUGUUUGAUCUACCUACAUCCUUGAUGAGCAGUUUUGUGAGAACACUACAUGUAAAUCUCUUUGUGUCGGUAAUGGUGGAGAGUAGGUCAUGCUGCUAUCUUAUUGGCGUCAUACGUAUGUAUCUUCAGAUGAAUAAUUGAAGAUAAAGUUCUUCUCCUUCUUUUGUAAGGGAAGUUCUUUUCUUAAACAGAUGCAUGCAAAGUUAAUGGCAUGAAUGAGCAGGUUCAAUCUACAUACUCCUCGAUGAGCAGUUUAGUGAGAAAACUACAUGUGAAUCUCUUCCCGCCGGCCAUGGUGACAAAUAGGUGAUGCUGCUACCUUAAUGGCGUUCACGACUCUGGUCAUGUUGAUACUCCCUGUGGUGGCAGCGUGUAGAGGUGUAGACAUCCAAACAAGAUUAAUCAUCUCACCCAUAUACAUGGCCAACACAAGUGGCAGUGUGUGGAGGUGUAGACAUCCAAACAAAAUUAAUCGUCAUCCACAUACAUGGCCAACAGAUUGAUACCCAGGACAUUAAUCAUGUCAUUGGUCUUGACAGCGGCAACUUGCAGGUCUGAACAUGCACCCCCAAGCCAUGGUUCUCAGUGGUAGGUUUCCACUGACCUUGCAUAUCUUCAUUAUUGGCAUGAAUUUUUUACCUAAGCAACUACAGGAACGUCCUUCUUUCUCAUUUGCUAGAAUAAUUGUGGAAUGUAAUAAUAUUUGUGUAUAUGCCAAAUUUCUACCUCCUGAAAGCAACAUGGGCCGAUAUGGUGCGCGGAAUUAUAUGAUGCAUGCAGAAAAUAGAAUACAAGCAGAUAACAUGUAAUUUCAGACAAAUAUGUCACGUUUUAGAUGUCUCAAAUCCUUACAAAUCUGCACUUAAUAUUAUCCUACAAAACAGUUAUUUCUAUAAUUUUAGCACCCUGGCGUGCAGAAGCAAUCUUCCCUUUAUUUUUUGCUUUUCUCUAAACAUGGUUGCUCCCUUCAAGGCCGAAGCACAGCCCAGUAAUACCACGUCUUCCUUUGUUUUUAUUUCUAUUGGAUGUCUCCCGUCCCGCUUCCUUCUCCUUUUAUUUUUGUUAUUAUUACUACCUCAUAUAAUCUUUAGCAGCGUUUCCCUGUGGACUCAGAUGGCACCUGUAUAUUGUUUAAGACGACGGCUAGCACAUGCAGCUUCAGAGAGAAGAAAUACAUGGUCUAUUACUACUGCUAUGAUUGAUGCCCUCUUGCGGGAGAAACAGUAGCAAUUAGCAGCACCAACACUGUGGCAAUGCGUCUUACAUAUCUGUGUUGAUUGGAUUGACCCCUGCAGGUACUCCCUCCUCUAAUACAUUGCAGUUUUAUCUUUGCUAGCUUUUUAUGGAUGAAACUUUGGUCCACCUAUUCACCACAUACGUGCACUGUACAAAUAUAUAUUUAUUUACCAAUGAUGUGUUGGACAGCUAUUUCUUAUAAACAAUUUCAUUAUUGAUUAGAUCAUUCCAUUUCUUAGUUUCUUUCCAUGAUACUACUAAUGGUUCGGGUGAUUUUUUGAUUAAAGGAUUUCAAGGCAUGAAUUGGUUAGAAGUGGAACACGAAACUCAUAGUUAUAUUUCAGAUCAAUAUUAUGUCAUUGGCCACCUGCUAGCUCAGCGCAUUGGAAAUUCUCGGUGUUAUGUUCCAAAGAACGGAUAUGAGAAAAAUAGAAGUACGCAUACAAAUCUGCAUGCACUAGCAAGUUCCAAAUUGAUGGGUUGAGUGAUUUAUUGUACUUUUGCAUGGCUGUUAUAUCAGUAAAUAUAUGUGGACAAAUGUUUUCCUUUUAUCCCUUAUGGAUUAUAUUGGCCAUCA